UCUACGAACACGGAGAUUUUGCAAUUUUUGAUGAUAACCAUCUUCUCUUUUGGGUGAAGCCGAUACAAUUUAUGCUCUCUGUUCUACCCUCCUCUGUUUGAUUACCUAGACCUUUUUUUUUUCCUUCCGACAAGAUUAUCCAGCUGCUAUGUCGGAUUAUUUCCCUGAGGAAGUAGUGAUCGAGAUUCUCUCAAGGCUUCCGACCAAAUCCCUGGUAAGAUUCCUCUUGGUUUCCAAAUCAUGGCAGUCUUUGAUUUCUAGCCCUAAUUUUAUCGCUGCCCAUCUCAACCAUGUCCGUCAGUCUAAAAUCCCAAAUGGUUCCUCACUUUCCCUCGUUAGACUCUAUAAUAUCUUUUGCAAUAAAGAGCAUUAUGCACUAUAUUCAGAGGAGGGUGUUGAUGGAGGUGCUGGCCGGAAUAGGAAGAUCUGUUUCCCGGUGAAAUUGAAGGAUGGGCCUUUGAGAAUGGUCGGCACUUGUGAUGGGUUAGUUUACUUAUCUGAUAAUUACCAUCGAGAAAACAACUUUUUAUGGAACCCUACUAUUCGGAAAUACGUGAAAUUGCCACCACCCACAAAUCCUCCGUCCAAUUUUACUUCUGCUACUGGGUUUGGAUCUGAUUGUCGUGGUGAUUAUAAGGUGGUGAGGGUUGUGUACCGAGAAGGAGAUGGCGGAGAUUUAACUCUACCCCCUGAGGUGGAAGUCUAUAGUCUUAGUACUGGAUUUUGGAGGAGGCUCUUGAAUGUCAAGAUUGAUGCUUUCAUUUCUUUUGCUGGUACCACACAUGCACCUUUGAAUGGUGCCUGGCACUGGAUUUCGUAUUCUCCUCAUAGGGCUGCUGACGGUGGUUGCCUCAGUUUGAUAUUGAGGUUUGACGUUGCGAAUGAAUCGUUCAGUGAGAUCAUGCUACCUGAUGAGUUGUCUCUUGUGGAUUGUUUGGAUUUAGUUGUGGAUGUUUAUAUGGGUCAGCUCUGUGUGAUUGCGAAUCAGGUAAGGGGUUACAAGCACAUUUGGGUGAUGAAACAAUAUGGAGUUAAGGAGUCAUGGACGAGGUUGUUCACUAUCGACCUAGAGAAAUGUCCUGGAGGAUUUGUGGGUUUUAGGAAGAAUGACAUUGUUGUAUUUACAAACCAGGGACAUGGGCUGGCUACUUUUGAUCCCCCAACUGGUAAGUCUCGAGAUCUUACAAUCUAUAAUGGGGCCGCAAGACCAUUGGACAUUGAUGACUUUGAAGAGACACUGGUUUUACUUGGAAGGCAAAAUGCAAUUGUUGAGGAAACAACCAAAGAGUUUCUUGAUGAUGCUGAAGAAGAUAGCCCGACCAAACAGCAGGAAGUCUUGCUGGUUGACAUGCUUUUUACUCUUAUGAGCGGUUUGAGUGGAUUCGAUUAGCAUACAUCACGGCAGCAUCUACUAUGGCUCUUCUCAUUUUGGCAUGUUUUGACAGAGAGGAGUGGCUGAUUAAAGCAGUCUUGUAUCUAUUGACUAGUAGGUAUAAUUGUUCCUUUGCGGUUUCAUUGGUUCCAUUGCUGACUUCAUCUACAUCGUGGUGAUUAUCAGAUAUGAAAGCUUAAGGAGUAGUUGGCGAAGGAUUCAUUUUCUUGAGACUUUCGAUGAGGUUGUUUACUGUUAGAUGUGCUGAAUGUUCUAAAGCCUAGCUACUACAUAAUUAGACAUUAUAACUGUAGUUGCUCCUUUUAACUGAUUUCUCUUCUGGGCUAUAUGACAAGAAGUCAUCUCUAUUUGCGAAAAAAUGGUUUGAGAAAUUCUGGAUUUGAUGCGAUUGUAGUGUUCUUCAGGUUGAAAAGCUUGAAGCCUUAAAUGUUGAAAGGCUGCUUCCGGCUUAGUAGUAGUAGUGUUCCUGUUGGUUUCAUUUUCUUUAACUUAAGUAAUUGCUUUAUCACUCUGUAGUUUUUCUUCAGUGAAUUCAUAGAAGGCGUUGGCUUACUGAUUCGCUGUCUAAAAAGCUAACAUGGGAGGUUUCACUCUGUGGUUGGCGAAACCUCAAUGCGCAGCUCCUUUACUGAAUUCCAGUUAUAAGAAACUUUUGAUCCUCUGGAGGGAGAAAUCAGAAUUCCAGUAAAAUCAGUUCCCCUCUAUGUUAUGCGUGGAAGAAAGACCAAUGGGAUUUGGAACCGUGGCAAAAGAAAAACGCGGAGGACCUCAUUAAAUUUUCAUGUAGUAAGUUUACUUCAAAAGAAUUUUUGUGCAUAUUUUCAUUUUUUUUAAUGUCAAUGAAGCAAAUGAAGUAAUUUUCAAGUACC